AUGUUCAUUCAACAGAACAGAAGUUCUUUGGAUUUAAUAUGGUUACUGGCUCAAGUAGACAUUUGUGUUCCCUUUAUUGUCGUGAAUUCCCCGAUAGCCAAACCAUUAAAAGACGGCGAUGAAACGCCAGGUUCCAUCAGUCCGCUCGGCUCAGACUCUGGCUCGGAUACGGAUAAAGACGAGCAGGAGCCCUCGCCUUCCUCCGCAGCAUCGCGACAGAUGAAUGCCAUCGACAUUCUAACGAGGGUUUUCCCCAACCACAAGCGCAGCGUCCUGGAGCUUGUGCUACAGGGAUGCGGCAAAGACGUGGUGCAGGCCAUAGAGCAAAUCCUCAACAACAGCGGUCAAGCCAAGGGCCCAGAUGAGUCCUGGACGGCGGAUCGGAUGCUGCAGAGCGCACAGCCGCCCAUGUCCUCCACCCCGCGGCCUCUGUUACCUGGAACCAUGACGCUCAGCAAUAGAUCUGCCUUCUCUCCUUUGCAACCCAACGCGCCACACUUUGGUUCCGAUCCGAGCACGUAUCCUCUCAGUACGCAUUUGGGCUUGAACCCACUCCGGCUGGCGUACUCGGCUCACAGCAGAGGCCUGGCCUUCAUGGCUCCAUACUCCACCACGGGUCUGAUGCCAACAUUGGGCUUCCGGCCGCCAAUGGAAUAUGCCUUCAGUGACUUGAUCAGAGACAGGACUCUCUUGCAUAAAGAUCAGAGCUACACCAAUGGACUCUAUGGUCCUCUGGUGAACAACACUCCAGAGAAACAGUGAGAUAGUGUUUCCCAAAUGUAGACAAAAGUGUUUCUUGUCUUUAAAGAUUCGUAUGCUUAAAGAUUCCUCAUCCCUAAAGACCCGCGGGCCUUGUGUUUCUGUAUAUAAACUAUGUCUAGUUUAAU